GUGUUUGUUUUUCUGUAGGUGUUCGGGGGGCGUUGAGGUGAUGCAUGUCCCCCGAUCAUCCCAGUGGAGGAGCCAGAUAAUGACGAGUGGCUUUGGCUGCUGAACUCCCCCCUCCCCUCCCCCAACACCACCACCCUCAUCCCUCCUUGGCUCCCUCCAUCUCUGAUGGCUCUAUGGGGCGUCGUCAGUCUCAGCCUUCACUGCUGGGUGUGUUUACGGUCUACGGUAACAGCAGCAGCAGCGACAGCCAGCCUCCCCAAUGACAAGCCCGGGGGCCCCCUGGACUGGCUCCUGUCUGAUAAAGGACCUUUUCACCACUCACCAGAGUACAUUGACUUUGUGGAGAAGAACCGGCAAGGCUUCUCCACUAGAUACAAGAUAAACAGGGAGUUUGGGAGAUGGAAGGUGAACAACUUAGCAGUGGAAAGGAGAGAUUUCUUGGCAUCUUCGUUACCUCUGACUCCUGAGUUCAUCAGGAACAUUCGACUGCUGGGCCGCAGGCCCACCACCCAGAUGAUCACUGACAAUCUAAUCAGGAAGUAUGGGACUCACUUCCUGUUGUCAGCUACACUGGAGGCAGACGUUGACAAAAGAGGAGAAGAGGCCUUAACGAUAUUUGUUGACAAGAGGAAGCUGAGUAAGAAAGCAGAGGUGAGCGAUUACUCGGGUAACUCCUCCACUGUGACUCUGGAAGCUCUGCACCAGCUGGCUGCCUCCUAUUUCAUCGACAGGGAGAGCACUCUGCGCAAGCUGCACCACAUCCAGAUCGCCUCCACUGCCAUCAAG